AUGACCAGCUGGCCAAUACCAACGCAGAACCCGCAGGCUUCACAGUUGUCAGAGCCCGCACGAAUCUCAAGCGUCUCAAGCCUACCGCACUGGGCUUCUCCACACGACGCUGCACAAACGUCCAGCCCUCAGUCAACAUUUAGUGGCUGGACAAAUUUUCCUGGAGAAGUUGCGCCUAUACGCUGGUUUGGGCUGCUCGCUGACGACGCAGCAAACGACCACAAUGACUACGACUUCUCUUUCAACUUGCCAGAAGAGUCGAAUGGGGCCAUGCAGAGAACGGACCCCCAGGCUGGGCUCACGUUUCCCAGCUUCGGCACUCCGAACUUUUCAGUACCAAACCUGGUCAACAACAGCGGUGCCUCCUCGCUUCGCUCACCACAAGCUAUUGCCUCUACGCCCCUUCCUUCCAACACUACUUCCGCUCUCGACGACCAGUCACUGUGGCAAGCACCUAUCCGCCUCCAAGACCCCGAAAUCCCCAUAUUUCGCCGCUUCGUCACCCACGUCGCGCAAUCACUUGACCUCUUCGACCCCUUUCAGCACUUCUCGACCUUCGUGCCGCACCUCGCGCUCCAAAAUGAAGGCCUCAUGAAAGCCAUUCUCGCCCUUUCCGCUCGUCACCUGUCCAUCAAAUCACCAUCGCUAGCCAUUCCUCUCCUCGACCGUACGGUCGCUGUACAAUAUUACUACGAGACACUGCAGUACCUCCAGUCCGCGCUGCAACAUCCAAGCUAUACCCGCAGCCUCGAGAUCAUCGCGACCGCGCUGAUAGUCUCGACAUACGAGAUGGUCGACGGCGGCAACGGCUGGGAGCGGCACCUCAAAGGCGUGUUCUGGAUCCAGCGCUCCCAAGACAACCACGGCGAGUCAGGCGGUCUAAAGCAGGCGGUUUGGUGGGCGUGGCUGAGGCAGGACCUCUGGGCUGCAUUUCGUGAGAGGAGGAGCUGCUUCAGCUUCUUCAAGCCUAGGAGGGAUUUAAGGGGCAUGGAUCAAUUCGAGCUGGCGAGACGAUCUAUCUAUCUACUGAGUCAGGCAGUCAAUUUCAGCAGCGAGAACGAGGUCAAAGCGGGCGAGAGGAGGCUGCAGGCGAGGAUCGAGAGGGCGGAUGAGUUGCUCGGCAUGCUUGAGGACUGGCGUCAGAGCUUGAGCACCCACUUCGAGCCGCUGCCGGCUGAAGCGGAAGAGGAGGGAGCGGUUUUCAGCCCGAUAUGGAUCAACCCGCCUGCGUUUGGCGCCGCAAUCCAGAUGUACUCCUUCGCCCGGAUCCUCCUCCUGAUCUACCGCCCCGCCGCCAACGGCUUCCAGGAGUUCGCCGCUCGCUCUAAGCACCUAGACGAAGCCGUCAACACCAUAUGCGGCAUCGCCAAAACGCAGCUGUUCAUGAGCCGUCAAGCAACAGCGCCAUCGUCGACUACAUCUCCUGACAGUGUUCCCAAUCCAGGCAGCGUUGCUACAUCCAGCACAUCAAGUUAUCCGCGCACUCACAGCGGUGUCGAUUUGGAGUGUGAUUCGGGCACUGCGGCAGGCGCGAGUGUUACGAGCACUCAGUGUCUGUACGCUGCAGGCAUGUAUACUCACGACGCAACAAGACGAGAGGCAGUCGUCGAGCUGCUAGGGGCUCACCAGGCGAGGACUGGGUGGCCGAUCAACUGCCUAAAGGAAGAGCUGAAGCGGGAGUGGGCGAAAGAUGCUGGUAGGUGA